AAUUUUUAAUAAGACCUUAAUUUAUUUUCAUUUCAAAAUAUAUUGUACUGUGGGUGUGCUUUUGAAGGUGAAGGUCCUUUCAUAUCCGCGUUCAACGACGAAGUCUCACGAAGCACACCACCAUGGAAAACUUGAAACCAUUCAAACAUUUUGCAACAGAUGCUAUUCAUGCUGGACAGGAACCAGAACAGUGGAAAUGCAAAGCUGUUGUACCUAUGAUUUCCAUGUCAACAACAUUCAAACAAGAGGGACCUGGACAACAUUGUGGAUAUGAGUACUCCCGAAGUGGCAAUCCUACUCGUAAUUGUUUAGAAAAAUGCAUUGCUGCUUUAGAGGGGGCCAAGCUUGGAAUGGUGUUUGCCUCUGGUUUGGCCACCACUACUGCCAUCACUCACCUACUCAAACAGGGUGAUCACAUCGUCAGUAUGAAUGAUCUCUAUGGUGGAACAAACAGAUAUUUCAAGAAAGUGGCAUCAAGAAUGGGAAUUGAAACAUCAUUUGUGGAUUGUACUGUUGCCAAGAAUGUUGGUGCUGCAAUCAAACCCAACACCAAGAUGGUAUGGAUGGAGACACCUACCAACCCCACUAUGCAGCUAGUGGACAUUGAAGCAGUGGUCAGUGUGGUCAGAGCCAGCAACCAAGACAUCUUCGUGGUCGUGGACAACACCUUUAUGUCCUCAUACUUUCAGAGGCCGCUCAGUUUGGGAGCUGAUAUUGUGAUGCAUUCCUUGACCAAGUAUAUGAAUGGUCACUCUGAUUCUGUGAUGGGUGCAUUGGCCACUAACAGUGACAAACUUGGUGAAGAGCUACGGUUCCUACAAAAUGCAUUUGGACCAAUCCCAUCCCCAUUUGACUGUUUCUUGGUAAACAGAGGUCUGAAGACCCUCCAUGUUAGGAUGAAGGAACACAUGAAGAAUGGCUUGGCUGUGGCUAAAUUCCUGGAGUCCCAUCGAUGUGUGGAAAAGGUCAUUCAUCCAGGGCUACCAUCUCACCCUCAACAUGAAUUGGCCAAGAGACAGAUGAGAGGUUUCAGUGGAAUGGUUACUUUUUACAUUCGAGGAGGGCUCAAUGAGGCUUCAACCUUUCUGAAAAGACUAAAGGUUUUCACCCUAGCAGAAAGUUUAGGAGGCUUUGAAAGUUUAGCUGAACUUCCUUCUGUGAUGACCCAUGCUUCUGUACCUAUUGAGGAACGGGACCAACUCGGCAUCUCAGACAAUCUCAUCCGCCUAUCUGUCGGACUAGAGGAUGAAGCUGACCUUUUAGCUGAUCUUGAUCAGGCUUUGAAAGCAGCGGUGCUGUAGAUUGAUUGGAUCCAGGUGUCACGUGAGGUUUGACUGUAACAAUGGUGGAUAUUGUCGUUCUACAGUCUACAACAUAAUCCGUGAACUUCUUUCUGUAUAUUGUAGAUGUUAAGAUCUUUAGGAUCUUCCAAAGAAUCACCAUUUCCUGCAGCAUAGGACUUUUACAUCCAGAUAUACAAAAUAGUGCUAUCCUGAUUUAAGUAUACAGACUUAUCUAACCAGAUACAUUAACCAUUCUGGCUACUAAAUUACACAUAUUCCAGUUAUAUUGAUGCAAUUUUCAGUUGGAAAUUUAACAAAUACUUUUGUUUUUGCUAGCACCAUAGCCCCGGCAUCUGUUUCAUCCGUAGACAGCUAGAUAAAAGUUUUCAUAAAGAUACAACUUAGGUAUUUGACGUGUGUUACUUGUGACAAGAUCUUAUCACAACUCCUCUGUUUCACCUUGGCUUAUACACCAACGUUAUUGUAUGACUAAUGUGUAAGAACAUAUGACCGUCUCAGUAGUGUAAAAUGUACUCGGUAUAUUUAUCACUGCUGAGACAACCAGCCGACAGUAACUGGCAUAGUGUGCUGAUCCGAAAGUAACUGUGCUGAUUGUCUCGGCAGUGAAAAAUGUAUGGUCGGCGGCUGAUACUCAGCUGUCUUAUAAGGAAAGUACUUUUCUUUAUAUUCCCAUGAUUAUGAGUUUUAUGAUACCAGCUUAAAUAGAAACGUCUACUCUGUAAAAGCUCACGACAUAUCAUUAUUGAACAUGUGUAGUACAUUCCUUACAACAUUGACACUUACGUUAGAUCCUCAUGUUUGGGUAAAUGUUGGUUAUUUUAGAAAGGUAAAUGAUUAUCAUAAGGAUUGAUUCCUAACACAUGUAUCAUGGCUUUUGGUAAUGGGGCAUAUCAAUGAAAUUAUAUGAAUAUAAUUUUUAGACAUUUCUGAUUUAUUUUAAGUGGAGUUUGAAUUAUCUACUUGCAUCAGAUCUGAUAUAAUUUACAACUUUUAAUUUACUAGUCUAUUGUCUUCAUAGCAUUGUUUUUGAUUUACUUGUUUUGCUUAUAUUUUUUAGAAAAUUUAAUCCUUUUACAACUUUUACAUAAACUAACUGACAUUUUAUAUAUCUUUUGUAGAAUCACUUAAAUGAUAAAAAGUCAACAGAAAAUGUGUGUUUUUAACAACACAGUACUGUUUAAGUUAAGAUGUAAUAUUUGUUCAAUUAUAAAAGAAUCGGUAUAAAUUCAAUUUCAACUAGCACACUAUAAAGUGCAUACUAUAAACAUUAUGGUGAUUUUAAUAUCAAAGAUCACCAUAUAUCCUAAACCUUCACCAUCUUAAGCUCAGAAAACUGGUUCUGGGAUUUUGAAGUGACAAAUCCAUCUUUUUCUAUAAACAGAAAUAUUUUUUUCUUUCACAGAAAUGUCUAAUGCACUUUUCAUGAGUCUGCAUAGACACGGAUAUCCCACUCAUAUUGAGUGUUACUAUGUUAGCCAUCGUGAUUUUAUCAUAAACAGUGUGUGUGUGUGUCAGAAUAAAUUCAAAAGGUUUGAUGGAUUAAUGGAAUAUAUUGAUAGAAGCUGAUGAACUGAGAAAACAAGACUUCAAGUGGAUGUUUUUCACAUGAAAUUGAAAUAAGUUGGGAGUUGAUUUUUUCACUUUACCUCGAAUGUAUGUGAAUUAUUGUGUUAAGCUCAGGCAUAAUAAAACCUUUUUCUUCUUA